AUGAGCACGUCCCCCACCCCUAAAGGGACGCCGGUGCAGCACAGCCCGGUGGACAGCGAGUGUGUGGUGAUGGAUGCGGUUCAGUCCCCGCUGCAGCAGGACACUCCGACCAGUGGCUCAAAGCACCGCAUCUCCAGCCUUCUGAAGAGCCCCUCGUUCCGUGAGGAGUUGGACAUGCUGAUUCAGGAGCAGAUGAAUAAGGGUGGGAGCUCGUCCAGUGUGUGGGCUCUCAGGCAGAUCGCUGACUUCAUGGCGUCUCACGGCUCUCCUGCCGCACUGCCCUCCUCUAUGACCAUGGUGACCCCCAUUAAUGACCUACAUGGAUGGGAUGGGGUUGCCAUGGUGAAGGGGGAGCGCCUGAUGCGCUGUAAGUUGGCGAGUGUUCACCGCCUGUUUGAUCUGUACGGCUGGACUCAGCUCACUACAGCCCGGCUCACGAUGCGUAUCAGUAAAGAGCAGGAGCACUUCCUGGUUCUGCCUGAUGGUCUGACCUACAGCGAGGUCACUGCCUCGAACCUGGUGAAGGUGAAUAUCCUGGGCAAUGUGAUCGAGCAGGGCAGCACUACAUUAGGAGUGGACGUUUCCGCCUUCAACCUGCACUCGGCCAUUUACUCCGCCCGCCCCGACGUCCGCUGCCUAUUACACCUCCACACCCCCGCUACAGCUGCUGUGUCAGCCAUGAAGUGUGGCCUCCUGCCGCUGUCCCAUGAGGCUUUGCUGGUGGGCGAGGUGGCGUAUUAUGAUUACAACGGCGUGAUGGAGGAGGAGGAGGACAGAGUGGGCCUGCAGAAGAGCCUCGGUCCCACAUGCAAGGUUCUUGUCCUGAGGAAUCACGGCUUCAUGGCUCUGGGAGAAUCGGUGGAGGAGGCCUUCUACACCAUCUACCACAUCCAGACCGCCUGUCAGAUACAGGUUUCGGCAUUGUGCUGUGCUGGAGGAGAGGAGAACCUCAUCAUGCUAGACCGCAAUGUGCACAGAGCAAGUGCCGCUGGGACCGUGGGCUGGGCCGGAUCCACAUUCGGACCCAUGCACAAGAGCCGACUCGGAGAGCAUGAGUUCGAGGCGCUCAUGAGGACCCUCGACAACCUGGGUUACCGUACCGGUUACGCCUACCGCUUCCCCGUCCUCCUGGAGCGCUCCAGGACGCGCAGGGAGGUGGAGGUUCCUGCCACUGUCACCUCCUUCAGCUUCGACGAUGAGGGAAAACGAGUGCAAGUGCGCCUCCAACCUCACGCCCACAAACAGCAGCUGGAGAAAACAAGAUGGCUGAACACUCCUAACACUUACCAGAAGGUCAACCAGGACCAGGCCAGCCCCGGGCACCGCACCACGUGGCUGCGGACAGAUGAAGUAACCCAAAGCGGCGGCAUGGCCAUCAAGAUCGAAAACCCCAACCAGUUCGUUCCUCUCUUCACCAACCCACAGGAGGUUCUGGAGACCAGAAAUAAGAUCCGAGAGCAGAACCGUCAGGACAUGAAGACGGCAGGACCGCAGUCUCAGUUAUUAGCCAGUGUGAUCACAGAGAACAGUCCACCGUCUCCAGAGCAGGUGGAGCCCCCUUCGACCCCUGAGCCGGAACCACCGAACCCCUUCAACGAGCUGACGGAUCAGGCGUUGGAAGAAUAUCGCAAAGAAGUCCAGCGCAAGCAGCUCGCCGGAGAUGGUGGGGAGGAGGUGAUGAACGAUACGGGGACUCCUCCCCCUGCUUCCUCUCCCACAAAAGUCCCCUCCCCCACCAAACCACCUGCCCCAGAGAUGGACGGGAAAACCACAGACGCGGUCCCGAACGGGAAGGAGGACAACGAGAAGCAGCAGGAGGAGCUGGAGAAAGGAUUGAAGGCUCUCUCUACCAGUGACACGUCAGAAAGCUCAGUGGUUCCGCCCACCAUCCCGCCCACCAAGCCUGCAGGCACCACCCCUGAGGGCUCUCCCACCAAGUCUCCAUAUAAGAAGAAGAAGAAGUUCAAAGCGCCUUCGUUCCUGAAGAAGAGCAAGAAGCAGAAGGAGAAGGCUGAGAUUUGAGCUCACACACACACACACACACACACACACGUGUCUGCUGUUCCAGUAACACAAACACUCGCUUAACACUCAGUGUGUAUCCAUCUGUUUGUCCAUGAAACAUUUUCAGAUUAUUGUUUUAUAACAAACUAAUACUUCUGACUAAUGAUCUGACUAACCCCCUGAUAAAGAACGCUCCAGAAACGAGCUCUUCACACGCUUUUUAAACCAAUGUCUCACUUCGCACGAGCCUAUUAGACCAGAACGUGGCAUGAAUUCAGCACGUUGUUGAUUCUGAUUAUUAGCUGAAGGUCAUAUUGCACAUUUACUCCUUGUAUAACUCUAUGACGUGGAAUCGUAUCGUUUUUACCGACUCCAAUCUGGCUUCCUGUUCAUGGUUUUUUUUUUCCAUGUUUCACGUUUAUGAAUUAAAAAACAAAAACAAACAAAAAAAUUAACAUGACUUUGGCUUGUCGAUGCAACGAAAAGCCCAACUUUAAAACAGCACUCAGACAUUCCAUUUCCGCCUGAGUUUGAUUUUAUACAGUCACUGGUUUUCUUUUACGGUUGUAAUUAUUUUUACGAGCAGUAACUCUUAUUUAAUUGCCUUUGUGUGUGUGUAUAUGUGCUGGUUUGAAUCCAUGUCAUGUUAGAAUGUAAAGUGAUCGCCU